CCUCUGCUUGUCCGUACAUAAAGCAUGCUGAUUGUAGACAGUCUCCAUAAGAGAGCGGAGACACUAAGCCUACAGAUAGACUGUACAAAAGGAGCCACUGGGUGCAGGCAGCUCGGUUUACACAGCUGUACAAAAAGAAAAAGCCUGCUUAUUUUCAACAUAGACACAAGCUACAAUUUUAGGACAUGGGCAUGCAUGGAUCCAAGCCUCAGAAACAAGCACAGGUCCUGAUGCUGGGUCUGGAUGGAUCAGGAAAGACCACCCUGCUCUAUAAGCUAAAGUACAACGAGAGCGUGGUGACCGUUCCAACAGUGGGCUUCAACGUGGAGACACUGGAGACCGACAGGAGCAGCCCGGGCCUGACGGUGUGGGACGUGGGGGGCCAGAAGAAGAUGAGGCCCCAUUGGAGGCAUCACUAUACUGAUACAGCCGGACUGGUGUUUGUGGUGGACAGCUGGGAUCAGAAACGGCUGGAUGAGGCCCGCAAGGAACUUCAUCGGGUCCUAAAGUUCGAGAGUCUCAGAGGAGUUCCUCUCGUGGUCCUUGCCAACAAACAGGACCUCCAGGCAGCUCGAAGCCCAGAAGCGCUUUGCCUGACACUGGACUUGAGAAGAGCGUGCGAGGGCCGGGCCUGGUUCAUCCAGCCCUGUUCAGCUACCACCGGCACGGGACUAGAGGAAGGUUUCAGGAGGAUAGUGUAUCUGAUGAAGACUCCAUUUAAACAGACUCAGGAAGAUUUUAAGAUUAAGAUGAAGUCUAAGGGCUUCAGUGUCACAGCUGCGAAACAAGUCUUGCUCUGCAGCAGAUGAUGGAUGAAAGUCUUUUUUGAAGAUUCAUUCAAACAGCAUGAUUCCUCUCGCCUGCCAGUGUAAGUCAUCAGCAAAUGGCCUCACUGUGGCUUCUAUAGGAUUAAAUGAGAGGAGGUGAUAAAAAAGGGGAUGAGAUUAUCACAACUCAAAGUGUUAAUCUCUGUGGCAGAAAGCACUUUUACUCAGUCCUGGGGAAGACAAGGUAUCUUUGGACCAUUGUGAUAACCCAUGAGGAUGCUGCGAGUAAUGUCAGGUUAUGACAGGCGGUGUGUCACAAGCUGAUAUGAGCCGUUUGUGAUA